AUGCCGACAAGCAGGUCGGGGAAGUUUCCCGCCGGCCUCGGCCGCGGGCCCCCGUGCUCGCAGGUAAGCGCCUCCAGAACGCGUGGGGUGAGCCCUGGCAGCCCGCUGGGUAAGGCGCGGCGCACGCGGCCCCGGGGCACCGCGCCAGGCGGGCGGGGAGGCCCGGGGCGGGGAGUGAGGGGCUUCCGUCUUGAGGGCCGGACGCAGGGGAUGCCAGGCUGCCCGCCCCCAGCCUGGGCUGGCGGACCCAGGCAGCGAACCCCCCCCCCCGCCCCGGGGCUGCGCGCCGCCACCCCGCUCGGCCCAGCCCGGCCGUGCGCAUCCCAGGGACAGUCCCGCCGGUCUGCGGCGGGCGGGCGGGGGCGUCUCCUCGGCCCGCCCACGCGCAAGGUCGGCUGCCUGCCCCCCGGGGCUCUCAGAGUAAAGCGGCCCACGGGACCCCCGCGGCGAGGGUGCAGGCGCGGCCACGCUCCUGGAAUUCUACCCCCUCCUCCCGAGCCUUUCCUGGGGAAGGGGCCAAACCGCACGGGCCUCCCCCGUCCCGGAGCCCGCAGGCCUCGGAUGCCCGCCCGGGGAGGGCUGAGCCGGCCGGGGACGCGCGGCGGAGAGGAGGGUCCCGGUCCCCGAGCGCCCCGCGCUCACGAGGCGUGA